GGAAAUAACAAAAAAGAAAAGGAAACAAUAAAAAGCCUUUCCUUAUAAAUACUCAUCUCUUCUUCGCUUCUUGAGUAAUCAAAUUUCUCCAAUUCUCCUGCUUCGAUAGAUUAAACAAAAAUCUCUUCUUUUUUCUUUCUAAUACAUGUUUCUUCUUCUCGAGAAAGCUCUACGAAUGCCUAACGAGAAUAUCGCCGAUCUCGAGACCGUGAAGCCGAUGAUCCAUGUUCUAGACAUUGAAGCCACUUUUUUUCCCUUACCUAGUGAAGCCUAUCCGUAAGAUUGAACAAAGGAAAGCAUCUCUGUUCGUGACACAGUUUGAGAACGAUUUCAGAACGGCGAAGAAAACAAAGAGAUUUCGGGUCAGUGAAAGGUUUGGGAUUUCGAUGGCUCAGACCACUACGAGUCCCGGGUAAAGAAGAAUUUUGAGUUUCGUCGUCCAUCGAUGAUCGAUCUCUUCCUCAACAAACUACAGUCUCGGCCCAAGUAAAAGAAGAAGACAUGGGCUUCGGAAACUAAUUAUUGGGCUUUUCCAUCAGCAAGUCUGUCAGAUACACGAGAUCCAGCGGCGUUUUAGGUCUUCGUCGUCGGAGAAUGGAGAGAAUCCAUGUCUCAGUCAGAGCACGGCCGGUUUCGCCGGAGGAAGCAAAGACGAGUCCCUGGAAAAUCUCUUCCAAUUCAAUCUUCAUCUCAAACCAGCCCGCGUUUAAAUUUGAUAGGAUUUAUAGACAAGAUUGCAAAACUAUUGACGUGUAUGAAGCUAGAACUAAGGAGAUUGUGUCUGCUACUGUUCGUGGAUUCAACGGAACUGUGCUUGCUUAUGGACAAACAAAUAGUGGCAAGACACAUACAAUGAGAGGCUCAACUAUUGAACCUGGAAUCAUCUCUCUUGCUGUUCAUGAUUUGUUUGAUAUUAUCUCUCAGGAUACAAGCAGGGAAUAUUUGUUGCGCAUGUCGUAUCUUGAGAUUUACAAUGAAAAUAUAAACGAUUUGUUGGAUCCUCUAAACAGGAAACUACAGAUUCAUGAAAAUCUAGAGAAAGGAGUAUUUGUUGCUGGACUACGAGAAGAUAUUGUUGAUUCCCCUCAACAAGUUCUUGAAUUGAUGGAAUCUGGAGAAUCUCAUAGACAUAUUGGGGAGACAAAUAUGAAUCAUUACAGUAGCAGAUCUCACACUAUUUUCCGCAUGAUUAUAGAAAGUAGAGAAAAGACGCGAGAUGAAGGUGUUGGAAAUGUCUGUGAUGCUGUUAGUGUCUCUGUUCUGAAUGUGGUGGAUCUUGCUGGUUCAGAACGGGCUGCAAAAACCGGCGCAGAAGGUGUUAGGCUGAAGGAGGGCACACAUAUAAAUAAAAGCUUGAUGACACUUGGGACUGUAAUUAAAAAGUUGAGUGAGGGAGUUGAAAAUCAAGGUGGUCAUAUCCCAUAUCGAGACAGCAAGCUUACCAGGAUUUUGCAGCCAGCUUUAGGUGGAAAUGCAAAUACAGCAAUCAUAUGCAAUAUAACACUUGCACUGAUUCAUGUAAAUGAAACCAAGAGCAGUCUUCAAUUCGCUAGCCGAGCACUGCGUGUCACUAACUGUGCGCAUGUCAAUGAGAUAUUGACUGAUACUGCUUUAUUAAAGCGCCAAAGUAAGGAGAUAAAGGAGCUCAGAUCCAAACUUAAGAUUGAAAACGAGUUAGACAGAGUUCAAAGGGAAUAUGAGGAUCUUCUCGUGCAAUAUGAAACCGAGAGAACCAUCAAUGAAAUACAAAUUGAGUAUCUUAAGGCAAAGUUGGGUGAAGAUGGUUUACCUGAUGAAGCAAAAAGCAACUAUUUAGUAUAUGGAGUCGUCGGAAAUGCUCAUUGGAAUGAGAACGUUAUAAUCAGAGAACCAGAAGCUAAUAUUGUCGUGAAGCAACUCACAGAUAAGAUAAACAAGCUGGAAAUAGAAAAGUCUUCACUGGAGCAAAAAGUUAUUGAUACUGAGAAUGAGAAGUCUUCAUUGAAGCAAAAAGCUGUAGAUACUGAGAAUGAGAAGCUUCUUUGGCAAGAGCAGUGUGCUGAUCUGCAGAACCAAAUAGAAAAACUUAAUCAGGAAGCCCAAAAAGAGCAAGCAUAUGGUUUCACACCAUGUACAGAUUCAAUCGAAGUCAGGGCCUGUGAUGAAGCAACAUCAGAAACAACGGAAAUCAUCGAUGAAACAACAGAAGCUUCAUCUUCAGCAGAAAUCUUCGAUGUUGAUAAAAUUAUCGAUGUCGAUGAAAUCAUCGAUCUUGAUGACGAAUGAUGGAACUCCAGUAAAAAUCAUUAAUCAGUGACUAUGAUGAUCUAACCUUUGUAUAUAUAUAUAUCUAAUGAUAUCCGUUAAUAUAUAGCGGAAUAGAAAAAAAAGUAAUUCCUUUUUUGUAAACAAGUAAAAAGCAUAUUCUCUGUCACAUAAUGUUAAUAUAAUCGUACAGUAAUUGACUUUUUGAUAGCA